AUGUUUCACAUACAAGGGUCAGUGCUCCAGGUAGAAACAUGGGUGUGCCAUGGGUUCCCCAGUUUCACCCAGUGUGUCCAACUUGUACAUGGAAGAAGUGGAAAACAGGGCUUUGCUGUCCUACCCUGGAACACCACCAAGAGGGAGCCUACGGUGGAGCUGUUUGACUCGUUUGUCGAUCACUGGAAAUCAAUCACCAAUUAUUAUAUCGAUACGACAGAUGACAGCCGUCCUGUCAGACAGACGGACAUCCCCUGGCAUCUCAGACAGAUGUUGGACAUCCUGGUGUACGAGGAGAAGCAGCAGGCCGUGGAGGACACAGGAGCCUGCAUGGAGUACCUGCUGCAGCACAAGCUGUUGGAGACUCUGUGCACACUGGGGAAGGCUCAGUAUCCUCCAGGGAUGUCCCAGCAGGUGCUCCUCUUCUUCUCCAAGCUCCUGUCUCAGGUGCAGAAGCCUCUGCUGCAGCUGGUGAACGUCUACAGACCUGUGCAGAAGCUGAUUUGCCUCUGUGCGCUUCCUGGUUCCCAGACUGAAAAGGAGGAAGCUCAGUUCCUAUUGGCCGUCUGCUCCAGAGUGAAGCAGGAUCCCCACACGCUCAGAUACGUCUUACAGCUUCCAGACCAACCAGUAGGCAGUACACUGAGCUCUGACCAAUCAGAGAGCAGCAUGCAGUCAUCCAGUGGGGGGACAGAUCCUCCGCUGCCCUGCGGCCCCAUCCAAUCAGAGAGCAGUCUGCUGAGGGCCCUGCUGCGUCUCACUAAGAGCCAGAGCACCUCCGUGUGUCUGAAGGCCCACGAGAGCCUCCUGCUGCUCUGCGGGCUGCAGGCUGGGUUCUCAGGGGAGCUGCUGAGCACUCACACCCAGCUGGGAGAGCUGCUGGCUGGGAGGCUGCAGGACCUCUACUCCCUGCUGCCUAUGGAGGACGCUGCAGAGCUGCAGAGCUGGCCUCACACGCCCUGGAGCUCUCAGUUCUCUCGCCUCAGCACUGACCCCAGCUCACAGUCUGUGGGUCACAUGAUCAAUUUCUUCUGCUGGCUGGACUUCCUGGAUCACCUGAUGAGAGAGGCACCACAGGUGUUGUCAGUGAAGUUGGCUGUGUGUGUUCAUCAGCUCUGGUUGGUGGAGCUUCUUCAGCCUCAGCUGUUGGACACGUGUGAGCAGGUGGUGCUGGGCUCCACCUCCGUCCUCUGUGCCACCGUCAGGCUCGUCCAGUCCUCAUGUCUGCUGGAUCAGCUCGUCCACUUCCUGCUGCGGAGCGACGCCGCUCAGCCACUGCUGCGCCGCUGCGACCACAUCUCUGACCAGAUCAGCAUGGUGUCGCUCUGUCUGGUGGAGGAGCUGCUCCAGAAGCCUCACAGGGACGUCUUGGACGUGCUGGUGCUGAGUUUCCUGCACACUCGGCGUUACCUGAGUCCACCUGCCUCGGCACAGGAGGAGCGGCAGACGGAGAGUGGCGAGGACAGCGAAGACCCAGAGGACGACCCCUUCUUUUCCGAUAGCCUGAGCUUCUCAGACAGUCCCCACCCCCCUCCGCCUCCUCCACCUGGACCCCAGACAGCUGAUGAUGUCAUCAACAGUUUCCUGUGUUUGGUUCCUGUUCAGGUGCGAUCGUCUCAGCUGCUGCAGGAAGGAGGAUACGAGACGUACGUCCACGACGCUCACACACUGGUGACCGAGUGUCAGGCUCUCUCGCUGUCCUGGGAUUGGCCGCUCACUCCCCCCCCCCUUUCCCUGUCGUCAGGUAAAGACUCCGCCUCCUUCUUCGAAGGUCACCUGCUAAAAGUUCUCUUUGACCGACUGGGACGCCUCCUGGAGCAGCCGUACGAGUUGAACCUGCAGCUGACGGCUGUUCUCUCCAGGCUGUCGGCGUUCAGCCACCCUCUGCUGCACGAGUACCUGCUCAACCCCUACAUACACCUGUCUCAGUCCUCCAGGUCACUCUUCUCCGUCCUCAUCAGGGUGAUGGGAGAGCUGAUGCAGAGGAUCCAGCAGGUCUCUAACCUGAGCGAGCGACUGCUGAACACCAGGAGAGCGCUGCUGGGCCUACCGCACGACCCCGGACUGGAUCACCUGACCCUGCUCAAAGGAGUCAUCGUCCUCGAGGAGUUCUGCAAGGAGCUUGCUGCCAUCGCCUUCGUCAAGCUGCCCCAGGACCAGGACUGAGUCACCUGGAACUUACGCUUUGGAUUACAGAUCAACAUGUAAACAUUGGGUCACAUGCUGCAGGUACACCUGAGACAGGUGCACCUGGGAGAAAGAAGCAGAUUCAGAAUCUUCAAGUGUUUUUUUUUUUUAAGUUCUUCUUGUAUAGCGAAAAACUGGCCAAUGUCUUGGUGCCGUUUCUGAGGCGACCUGAACACCUCGGCGUCACUCUGCAGGUGAACAGCGUUUGAUUGGUCAGCACGUUUAUUUAUGUUUUUAGUAUUUAGCUGAUUUUAAACAAACAGGAAGUGGUGUCAGAGUCCAGUUUUGAAUGUGUCACAUAUCAGUGAGACAUUCCCAUUGGACGAUCACAUGGAGUGAUGUCAGCACGUUACACUUAGAGCAGUGGUUCCCAAACUUUUUUUUGCUGGGCCCCCCCCCGCACAAACACAUCCUCCAACCACACACACCCAUAUUUUGCUCCAUUGCGGUUUAUUUCACACCUUCAACAUUUAGUAAACAAUUAAGCAAAUACAAGUAAUCUGCAAUAAAUUACAGGUAGUAAUAAAAUAAACUACUAACUCUUUUACGCUGCGUCCGCACCUACACGGGUAUUUUUGAAAACGCAGCUGUUUCGUCCACACGUAAACGGCGUUUCGAAUCACCGAGAACGGAGAUUUUUUAAAACUCCUUUUUUGCGUUUCCGUGUGGACGAGGAAUACAGAGUUCAUCACGCAACGUCAAUGGUAUGUGCCUUUAUUCACGUCACGCUGUGCGCCACGUUAUUGUUUACAUGAGAUGAAUUGCAGAAUAGCAGAUAGAGACACAAUACUGUUAAUCUGACUGUCUGCAGGUUUUACAUGCUUACAUACACACACAGUUACUGUCCCUCCAUUUAGAAAGGCAGAGGCGUCACGCUGUGAUUAUUUUAUGUGUAGUUGUUUUUUCCUGUGUAAUAAUAUUCAACAUUGCUAUCAAUACAUUUUUUUAAAAAUGUCUCUCUGUGCAAAAUGGGUUUAAAAACAUAAACAGCUGUGGGAUCCUGUUAGUCUGUGACGGGGAAACAAACUGUGGCAGGAUCAGCCUGAUAUUAUUUGUAUCCCGCUGUAACUUUACUGUAUAAAGAGCUAACAUCUCCAAAAUGUCAGGAGUAGUUCGUCAUUACAACAAGUGUUUGUGAACUAAAAAUCACGAAUGUGGGAUACUGUUUGUCCGUGAUUUGGAGAGCCCAGCGCCGCUCCCGACGCAGGGAAAACCAAUUCUGCAGGGAGACCUACCUCAGCACUUGUGCAGGUGAAGCCAAAGGGAAGAUAUGCUUCACCAUAUUUUCUAGUCUUUGGCUUAGAAUGAAGCUGGUUUGGAAACAUAUUCAGCGAUGCUUCAUCUCCUGCUUUGUGUUUGUGGGGGAGCCCCGUCAGAAACCUGUCCAUGAUGCUAGCAGUGUCCAAGCGUUGUUUUUUUUUUUUUGUUUUUUUUCCCUUUUCAUACCGCGCCCCCCCUACAAUGGCUCUGCGCCCCCACCCCCUAGGGGGCGGGCCCCACACUUUGGGAAGGUCUGACUUAGAGAGUGCGAUUAAACACACUGUCAAAGCGAGCAAUGCCUGUCAUGUGACAUGAUGUCAGUGAAUCUCAUUGACUGUGUGGGCGCGGUCUGAUGAAUGGAGCCAGGGUUAAUAAGUCUGAUUGGCUGAACACGCAUUUAAAUACAGAGAAACCCUCAUGGUAGCGAGUCCUCAUUCAUCAUUAGCCCCGCCCUAAAUGUUGUCAAUCACCAUGUUGCUUUGUUUUUGGUGAAAGAGAGCGACUGUUUAUCAGCUUCACUGGAUGAAACUUUACUGGUCUGAUGGACUUCCUGCUGCUUCACAUGGCGAGUGUCACAUCGAACUUGCUUCUCCAUUUGGCGGGAACACCUGUCCACAUACUUUUGGUCCACUGAGCAGACAGUAUAAAAAAGCUUUGUAUAAUUGAUCAUGAUGAUAAUGAAGAGUUUCAUGUGUGAGACAAUAAAAGUGUGCUGACAGCC